AUGGCUUCUCACCACUCUUCUACCCUCUUUCUUGUUAAUCUCAUCUUCCUCUUAAGCUUGAUUAUGGUCACAACUCUUGUGUCUCGUGGUGAUGCUCGCAAACUUGGAAAGCCAACGCCCAGAGAAGAAAAUCGAGAGAUGAAACUGGGAAAUGAAACUGGAAGGAAGAUGGUGAAUUACUUCAGUACCACUAACAAGGCCACAGUGAAAAAUUUGGGUGAUAUGAAGAAUCUGCCGCCUUUUCCACUAAUCCCAUUUCCACCAUUUCCUGAAAUUCCAUUUCCACCUCCGCUGGUUUUUCCUGGUAUUCCUCCACUUCCUCCAUUUCCCAUGUUCCCACCCUUACCUCCUUUCCACAUUCCCACCAUUCCCUUCCUUACACCCCCUCCACCCUAA